AUGAUGCCAGAUUGCGAUGCUGAGAAACAGCCGCCUUUGAACGCAACAUUCAGAGCCUUCUCGGACAAUCCCGUUUGUGCAGGAAUCAAAAAUGUCAAUGCCCUUCUACUGGCUCGCAAGCUAUUCCCUCACCAGAUCCAGAUGAUCGCUAUCGGAGGCACGGUCGGAACGGGAUUGUAUCUUGGCAACGUGACAGGCUCACUCGUUAUAUUUGCAGGUGCUGUCUCUACUGCUGAGGAAGUUACAGGACUGCAAGUUUUGCUAGAAUCCUGGACCGAGCAUUUCCCCGGCUGGGCUCUUGGUCUUAUCUGUCUGGCGUUUCUUCUCGGCUUGAACCUUUGCUCUGUCAAGGUCUAUGGAGAGGUCAACCGAGUAUUGGCUGUUUUGCUAAAGGUUGUGACCAUUAUAGUCUUCGUGAUUGUCGGCAUCAUCGUGAACUGUGGCGCCACCACUCCCCUCAUACAUAUCUUGGAGAGACACAUUUCUACCAUCUUUUGCAUACGCGGAACAGAGAAUGUGGCGGUCGCUUCUGUGAGACCAGGGGCCCAGUGUGGCCCUAUCCCCGAGUAA